CAAGACGAGGCUUUCUUUCACAAGAACAAAAAGUGGAAAACUUGCCAAAAUUGUAUCGAACAAAGGGCACUCAAAAAACAAAAAACAAAGAGAAAACGCGAUGACCAAGCGGUUGAAGAGGAGGAACCAUUACGAGUUUCUCUUAGAACUGUAGGACUCAUGGAAUUAUCCAACCUGGUCGCUAAUGAGAUACGCAACAUAGUUCAUAACCCUCAACCCAUCGGUCCUGACGGAAACCCACAGUGUUCUUUGAACUUACGUGUAGCUCUUAACCUCACGAAUAUGAUAACCGGCAAUGAAAAUCCCAAAGAUAUUGCCAGGUGGAUUGUCGAAGAAAUUGAAAGAGCCGAUGAGUAUAAUUGGACGUAA